AUGGAGGAAACAAAGCGUCUUCAGAAAGUUUAUCAGCUGUUCACCGAGUCUCCGGCAGAGAAGGCACCUGCAAACAGGCUCGUGGACAUUUUGAGGUUUGCAGGAUACAUUGUUUCUGAAAGCUACGCAAAUGAGCUCACAUCCUCCAUUGCAGGCGAAAUGCUAGACUUCAGACAAUUGGUGGACAUCUGUGAAAGAAUAAGAGAGCGUGAAGUUACCAGAGACGAGCUACAGAGAUCAUUCAGAAAACUUGAUCCGGAAAGCACAUCAUAUAUUGACACAGGCAAGCUGGUGCAAAUUCUUUCAUCUGGUGAAAACAAGCUUAGCCAGGAAGAAAUUGUGGAGCUGUUGAACAUUCUGAAUCCAGAUGGAGAUGGAAAGAUCUGUUAUGACCUCAUAAUCAAGAGCAUAUUCGGCUAUUAA